AUGUAUCCAAAGGUAAGAUCUCAGCCAAAGAAUGCAAAUGAAACAAAGUUAACAUUACAACUGAAUCUUCCAGAAAUGAAUCCAGCAAAGAGUACAUUGAUUCCUUUUCUUACUUACUUAUUAUUUUUCAUUAGGAUUAAAUACUUUUAAGUAAAAAUGUUCAUUAAACUAUACACAAUUCCAAUUGAAAAUUAAUUCUUUUUAUUAUUUCAAAUUAUAUUUAUUGAGUAGAAUUUAGAAUGCAUUUAAUAAUUUCUUAUCAGAUUUCAUAACUUUUUGUUUAAACUUAAUAAUAGUAUCAAUCAAUUUAAACAGAGUUUAGCAAUAAAUGUCUUCAAGAAUCUUCCCUUGCAACUUGAAAAGUAUUUCUAAUAUAUGUAUGUUUAAAAUAGCAAAGAUUAGUUAUAAAUAUUAAUAUUUUGGUACAAACUCUAAAACCUUCUUAUUAUUCAUUAAUUUAAUUUAUUGAACAAUAUGGGAAGUACACAUAAUAUUUUAGCCUAUCUAGAUUUUUGUUAGGGAGAUAAACAAUAUGAUUCGAAUUGCUAAGACAAUACACAUGUUUAUGAGGCUACCAUAAAUUCAUCCACUAUAACCAUCAUACAUGGAAACAUUCUCUAGAAUAAUUUAAGAGGAAUACGUAAAUAAUUGAAUUCUAUCAUAGUGAAUGCAUAAUUAGAUCCUAAUUCCUUCACAUUAAUGCAAUUACCAGAAAUGCAACGUGAAUUUCGUAAUCUAUCUUAAAUACUUAGUAAAAUAAAAAAUACCAAUUAUCUAACGAUUACCACCCGGAGCAUGUUAAUCUGAAUUUAUUAUUAACCUAAAAAUUAACUAUUAAGAUACUAGAAAGGAAAUAAUUGAAGCUUAUGAAUAAGGGUACAUUUAUUAUAUUUAAAUUAGUUUUGAACUUAUGUUUUAACAUGAAUUAGAAAAUGUUGGAUAUAGAGAAGGCAAAGAUAAAUUUAAAGAUAAGUCUGAAUAAUUUCAUAAUUCAGAAUGUUUAUUAGAAGCUAUCUUUAAUCGAAUUAAAUAAAAUAAAAUGAUUAAGACUUUUCAAAUUUUCAGUGUCGAUAUGUCGAUCUGCUAAUAAUACAAAAAUGAAUUAAAAAAACAAUAACAUAAAUAUUUAUCAAAAAAGAAUUUUGAAAGAUGUUCAACAUAAGAAUAAUUAAAUGAAUCAUAUACUGAAAGAUUUCUUACAGCUAAUUCUUGUGAUUAAGCAGAUUUUGUUAAUAAACAAUACAUCAAAUAACAACUCAAAAGAUCUUUUCCUAAUACUUAAUAAAAAGAUUAAUGA